AUGUCAAAAACUUUACGUUAUAUAAUUCAAUCAUCGAAAGGUCCUAACCCUGUAGGUCCUUACAACCAAGCGGUUAAAGUGAACAAUGUUGUUUAUUUAUCUGGCGUGAUUGGGUUAGACAAAAACACAAAUCAAUUGGUUGGUGGUGGCGUAGAAAAUGAAACUCAUCAAGUUAUGAAAAAUAUGGAAAUAAUUUUGAACGCGGCCGGUUCGGGAUUUGAUAAGCUUAUAAAAACAACGGUUUUCUUAAACGAUAUCAACGAUUUUACAAAAGUCAAUGAAAUAUAUAAACAAUAUAUAACUAAAGAUCAUCCAGCUCGUUCAGCUUACCAAGUGGGUAAACUUCCUGUUGGAGCAAAAGUUGAAAUUGAAGGAAUCGCUUUAUGUGGUGAUGUAGAAACUAAAUAUAUUAUUGAAUAA